AUGGCAGCUCCGGCUCUGAAUCUCCUCAUCAUUCUCUCUCUUCUCUUCGUUUCAUUCCCGAGAUCUGAAUCUCUCCCCGAAAACCCAUCUCUCGUUCUCCUAAGCGACGGAUUCGACUGGCCCAUCUCUAACAGCGACGCAUUCGACAUCGCCGGAGAAGAAGACGUCGACGACGAAGGUGGAGUAGAUCGACGGUCGUUGUACUGGCGGAGGACGAAAUACUACAUAUCGUACGGUGCAUUGUCGGCGAAUCGAGUCCCUUGUCCACCUAGAUCUGGAAGAUCGUACUACACUCAUAACUGUUUCGGAGCAAGAGGUCCGGUGCAUCCGUACCGUCGAGGCUGCUCGUCGAUCACUCGUUGCCGGAAAUAG